UUUGCUUGCUUGCUUGCUUUUGUUGUAUUCAAGAACUCGUUUUGACAGAUGGAUAUACCUAUAUAGAGAUUAGAAAGGUGCCUCAAGUGUAAUUUUUAAUAUUCAAUUAGAUGCAAGAUAAUUCUCAGCGAAAACAAAUAAGUUCAAUGUCAAAAUUAAAAUAAAGUGAAAAGACGAAACAAUGUGAAAAAUGGAUUUGAUUUUUGUUAUAUGAACACGGUUCUGUCACAUCGUAGGAUAUUUAUCAGACAAUUCAUCAACAUUGUAAUUUUCCACCGAUAAUAACGAUUAUAUUUAGAAGUAAAAAGCUGUGAAGAUAACUAAUUAAAUUGGGUCUUAUGAAGAACAAAAUAAUUUUACAAAUGCAAUAUUUAAAGUUUCUCAUAUAGAAAUUCAAAAAAAAAACUUGUAUCUUAUCAGUGAAAUUUCACGACGUGUAAGGUAGUUAUUACAAUUAAAAAAAAACUUUUUACUUAUAUUUAUAUACAUAUAUAUAUGUGUCGAUAGAUCCCAUCAAAUAAGAAAUAAUUACAAGUUCUCCUCCUUCAUUACCUAUUUUUAAUUGUUUAAAAAUUUAUGACACUAUACUAAACAUAAAAGUAGAAUGAUGUAUCGAUGUUAAAUACGUAUAUGUGAAAAUCAAUCAAAGCAAUUUUAUCGAAAUAAAAAUAGAGAUAAUGUCGAAUAAUCACUUGUUACCGCCAAGUAAGAAGCAGUCAAAAAAGCACAAAAACAAAUUGGGUUUCGUGCAGGUUUCCGAAAGUGACACGGAUGAAUCAUCAAUUCUUAAUCAUACACGGAACAAUACACCGUCGCCAUGUCCUUCUGAAGUCACGGAAGGAGCAUUGCAGAUAUGGCGUUCGUUGCCUGAAAAAAUUCGACAAGAUCCAAGUUUAGCUAGUUUUCGUCAAGAGAAUGAACGAAUACAUGGCCCUGAACACGAUGCUGAUCCGUUGCCGAACGAAGAUAACUCAAUCUCAGAUGAUCAUGCCUCAACUGACGGACAGUCCAUUAAAAUUAACGUAACAAAUGAGCUUGGAGAGUCUAUUUCGAAAGAUGACAAAAAUUUUGAUACAUCAAAGGCUUGUGAACAUGAUGACACAGAUGCUGUAACGGGACACAAAAAGCCACAUAAAUUCUUUGGUUGGAUUAAAAUGGCUAUUUUAUUGGCAGUUUGGUGCUUAUUCACGGUGUUUUUAAUGAAAAAUACAGAAAAAGAAUUGAGUUACAGACAAAUGUCUAUUCCUUCAGGAGUAGAUAAAGGUUAUAUUGUUCCUGAGCAAAUUCCGGAUCCACGACUUGGCGUUGUGUUACAGGGCGCAUUUUUGGGGGAACAUUUUCACAAUCUGACGGACAAUUAUGUUUUUGUUUACGUUCAAUUGGUUCACAUGCCGCAAUCAUUUGUCCAUAAUACAACAAAAGACAUGGCAGAUUUGUAUUAUGCUGCGGAAAAUCUUACAGAACCUUGGAAAAUCCCCGUUGCUGGAGCUACAGAAAUAGACACUGUUCCUGAACUGAAGAAAAAACAUACUUUCCAACUCGAUGAUAUUCCAAUUGAAAAAGUCAAAAAUACGAACUCUAAACUACGCAUUGUGAUGACCAACAAUAUUGGAGUCCAUGUACCUGUUAAUUUUGCAUAUGAUCCAACUCCGAUCGAUCAAAGCGUGGGUAUUAUUUAUGCAACAAUAGUUCUUCUUGGAUUGUAUGUCAUGAUUAUUUGGGAGCUUGUUCAUCGUACAUUUGCUGCAUUAAUAGCUUCUACAACGGCAAUCGGAAUCUUAGCAGCUUUAAAUGAACGUCCAUCAAUGGCAGAUAUCAUGUCGUGGAUCGAUACAGAGACGCUUUUGCUGCUAUUUGGCAUGAUGAUUCUUGUUGCAAUUUUAUCAGAAACGGGCAUAUUCGAUUAUCUUGCAGUGUACGCUUAUAAAAUAACCAACGGAAAAGUAUGGCCUUUAGUUAAUUGCCUUUGUUUAUUUACGGCAGUGUUAUCGUCAUUCUUGGAUAACGUCACGACAGUUUUAUUAAUGACUCCUGUAACAAUCAGACUUUGUGAAGUGAUGGGUCUAAAUCCAGUUCCUAUAUUAAUGUCGAUGGUUAUUUACUCAAACAUUGGAGGUGCUUUAACACCUGUUGGAGAUCCGCCAAAUGUCAUAAUUGCUUCCAACAGUUACAUUGCGAAGAACGGUGUAAACUUUACAACAUUCACAAUGCAUAUGGCAUUCGGAAUAUUAAUGGUAAUGGUUCAAACUUAUAUCCAUCUGAGAUUUAAAUUUAAGAAUAUCAACGAUUUGCGAUUCAGCGAAGCCCAAGAUGUUCAAGAGUUAAGACAUGAAAUUGCAGUAUGGCAGCGAGCAGCUGCUUCAUUGUCGUCGUACUCAAAAGAUGAAGAUAUUGUUAGAGAAACAUUAGAAAAGAAAUGCACUCGUUUAACACGUACGUUAAAGAAGAAGCUGACAACAGGAUCUGUCCCCAUUGAAAGUUACAAAGCAACAUUGGAAGAUUUAGAAGCCAAAUACCCGAUUCGCAACAAAACAUUGUUAGUUAAAUCCGGCAUCACACUUGUGUUUGUUAUCAGUUUCUUCUUUUUGCACUCUGUUCCUUCGUUGUGUGCUUUAACAUUAGGAUGGACAGCGCUAUUAGGUGCUAUACUGCUAUUGAUUUUGGCAGACAGAGAGGACAUGGAAGCAGUUUUAGCACGUGUUGAAUGGUCAACAUUACUUUUCUUUGCGGCUCUAUUUGUUCUUAUGGAAUGUUUGGCAGAAUUAGGUCUAAUAGAUUUUAUCGGAAAACAAACUGAAAAUGUAAUUCUAUCUGUUGGAAAAGAAUCGCGUUUGGCAGUUGCUAUCUUAUUAAUCUUAUGGGUAUCUGCAAUUGCAUCCGCUUUCGUAGACAAUAUUCCCUUGACAACGAUGAUGAUUAAAAUUGCAAUCUCUUUGGCUGAAAAUGAAGCACUUGAAUUGCCAUUACAACCACUCGUAUGGGCAUUAGCGUUCGGCGCGUGUUUAGGAGGCAAUGGAACACUGAUUGGCGCUUCUGCAAAUGUUGUCUGUGCGGGUGUCGCAGAACAACACGGUUAUCGAUUCACAUUUAUCGAAUAUUUCAAGGUUGGUUUUCCUGUCAUGUUAGGAAGCAUUGUAGUUGCAACAGCAUACUUAAUGUUUGCUCAUGUCCUCUUCACAUGGCAUUGACAGUACGUUUAAUAAAUUUUCUGCAGGAGAAUCUAAAAUUGAUAAUAUACCGUAAAAAGAAAUAUAAAAAAAACAUUUGUCAAUACUCACGAUAGUUAAUAGGUAUCAAAAUCUGUAGAAAAACGGGAUGACACAAUAAUAAGAAUAAAAUUUGUUAAAAUCUAUAAUUCGUGUAAAAAAAUAUUAAAUAAAGGCUAAAAAGAUAACGGAACCAAUAAUAAAUUGAUCGAGAUGAUGACAUUCCAUUAAAAAGCCAUUAAAAAUUUAGGGAAAUAUAAAUUAAAUUUUAUGAAUAUGAAUAAAUAAAGUAACUAAGAUCAUGUGAGUCAUAUCGUUGUACGAAAAUGUACAUAAAACGACUUGCAUGUAAAUUUAUGUGCCUUAAAUGUUUUAUUUUACGAAUAUACGAAAGAAACAAACCUAAUUUAUGUACAAGUUUACAAUAAACAACUAAAAAAGAGGAAAAAAUAUAUUUACCAAUUUAUUUAAAUACAUCAUGAAACACAAAUUAAAUUGUUCUCAGGUUAAAUAAAUUCAAUGACAAAUCAUAAAUAGCGUUUUCACAGGCAUUCAAGUUUUUUUUUUCUUAAAAUUUAAAAAAUUGAUUUUUGAAAAAAUAAAAAAAGACAGCAUUUGCUUAUAUUUUUAUGUCAAUUAUAAAAUUUUCAACGAUUAAUCCAUCAACUACAUGAGUAUGCAGAUAAGCACUAAAUUUUCAAAGAAAGUCCCGGAAAUGGCAAAAAAAUAAAACUUACGGCUGUAUUAGUAUUGUGUACAUAAAAAGUAAUUUUUAAUGUACUUUAUCUCUUGAACUUGUUCCCUAAAUCCACAUGCUCAAGGAUAAAUGUUGCCAAAAGAUAAUAAAGUAAAAUAAUUAUACCAAUUGAUAUGUAUUUUUCUUCUAGAUUUAAACUUUGGAAAUACAUGUAGAUCAAAUUUAUUUACAUAUGUUAUGAUU